CCCGAUAUAUUCUCCAGAGGGAGGAUGUCUUGUUCCUGCACACCACACCGAGCAAUCGAUUCGUAAUAGUAUUUUCUUUUGCGAAGCCCCCAGGAGAUAUACCUACGGCAUCAUUCUACAUACGACUUGCUCGCAGGUGUCAAUUGCUACACUUCGAUCCUUGAACAACAUGUCGUCACAACGCUUUGAGAAGGAGCCACGUGCUCAGUCGCCUAGCAUUCGUUCGGAGUCUGGAUAUGCUUCAGGAGCCUCAAGCCAGGACAGCCUGCCCGAAGUCUACUUCAGCAAGCCUCACCUCAAGUUCCUCAAUGCUCAGCUGCAAAAGCUGGAGCCGCAGGACAUCCUCAAAUGGUGCAUCACAUCUCUGCCUGGACUGUCCCAGACCACUGCCUUUGGAUUGACUGGCCUCGUCACCCUGGAUAUGCUCUCUAAGAUGGAUGGACCUUACAAACACAACACCGACAUGAUCUUCCUGGACACCCUGUUUCACUUUGAUGAGACUUACGCACUAGUCGACCGCGUCCGCAAGAGGUACAACACCCCUAUCCACGUCUACAAGCCUGCCGGCUGCGACAAUGCAGAGGACUUCAACGCCCGCUAUGGCGAGAAGCUCUGGGAGACCAACGAGGACCACUACGAUUACGUUGCCAAGGUCGAGCCAGCCGAGCGUGCCUAUGCGGAACUUCAAGUCAAGGCUGCCAUCACCGGACGCCGCCGAAGCCAAGGAGGCAAGCGUGGUGACCUCGACAUCAUCGAAGUCAACGAGGGCGGACUUAUCAAAAUCAACCCGCUCGCCAAUUGGUCGUUUGCCCAGGUCAAGGAAUACAUCGACGCCAACAAUGUUCCCUACAACGAGCUCUUGAACAAGGGCUACAAGAGCGUUGGUGACUGGCACUCGACGCAGCCUGUCGCCGCUGGAGAGGAUGAGCGCUCAGGACGCUGGAAGGGCCGCAACAAGACCGAGUGCGGAAUCCACAACCCCAAGUCGAAGUACGCUCAGUUCCUCAGGGAGCAAGAGCUGAAGGCGCAACAAGAUGCUCUUAACGGGGCCCUGCAAAAGCUGGCUGUGUAGGGUGAUUUAUUCGAGGUCUCUUUUUGGCGUUUUAUAUCAAGCAUUUAGCACAGGCGUUUGGGUUAUGGUCAUGAAGCAUACGGACUUGGAUGGGUAUGGGAA